AUGCUCCGCGUCCGUCGUGUUCGCCUUCCGAUCGGAAGACCUGUUGCAUCCUCUAUACUACACAUACAAUUCCACGCAAAAACUGCUCAAUGUGAACGCCGAACUCAACGUUAUGGGAGCCACGCUGGAGUCACAAAUGCUGCUCCUCCGACGUCAACUGCGACGGAGUUUCUAGCUCACCAACAGGCACUGUUUCCCACGGAGUUCUCGGAGCUUUCCGAGUACAUCAGACAGGAUGGCGGGAGCCACCUCAGCGAUAGCCAAGGUCCUCAAGAGGAGGCAGCUUACAAUACAGAAGAGAUAAAGCUGGAACUUACGCGCAAGUCCAAAGGCCCAACGGAUCGUCACCUACACCCGUCACCGUUCCGCAGAAGAUUAGAUCAAAUCCUCUCUUUAUUCCUUCCCUCUCAUCCUAGACGAAACAGAGUUGAUCUGUCCUAUACCAAUGCCCUUCAUUGGCAGUUGAACAAUCAAAAGCUGGAUGAAGAAUCUACGGUGACAUUCAGAAGCUCAACUUCUCUACGCAAACUUCUUCUCGAUUACCUCCAGAAUAUCGCACCCCUUCUACAUGGUGCUCAGGACGAAGAGAAGCUUUUGCUCGCUCUAAGGGCUACUUUUCCUCACGACUCUCUGAGGAUUCUGGAGGAUCUCGGAUACGACAUCACUGACGUCGCAAGUUGGGCCUGGAUUUUCUCUGAAAAUGUUGACCUUGCCUUUGCAAGGUACGGCGCACUUGCGCAAAAAGUACGCGAAUCUGGACGAGGUCGGAUACCGAAGUUCGUGUUUUUACAAUUGCUUCGCGCGGAAAACCUCAGUGUAUUCGCUCUGAAGGGAUUCAUAAGAAGUAUUUUGGCCGAUUUGCAAAUCUGUUCGGAGGCCAAGGAGUAUUUCGGCUGGUCCUGGGUCACCCGAGUGUGCUUAGUCGUUCGAUUGCUGCGACAUGCUCGUUCGACGGCACCCGAGUGCUUUGGGGACAUCAGUGUCAUUGUCAAGCACCUCUUCUCGGAUUACUACAGUGUCCACCCUCGUCCACUCGAAGGUCCGGAGUUACUGCGCCUCACCCACAUAUACAAUCGUUUCCUGUCCUUGAUAUCUCUGGCUCCGCAAAAAGCACCUUACAGUGCAUAUCUUUCGCAGCAGUAUGCGCAGCUAGCACUCGUCCGCCAAAUGUUCGCUUUUACCCCGCAACUAUUGCUAACGCGCGAAGGGUACCGUGCUUUGAUUGCAGUCCAACUACUCCAUCCCAAGACAGGGCCCGAACGCACUUGGGCGGAGGCCAAAUCUCUGUCCUGGCCUCCUUGGCGUCAUAUCAAGUCAGGAAUUGAACAGGAUCUCGAGUAUCCUGGGAAGGAGAGCCGUGUUAUCAAGCUAUUACAGCGGAUGAAGGCGGCAGGGUAUUCCCACGGUGAUUGGGAAAGAAGUGCUGCUGUCCUAGCAGGGUGGGAUACUGACAAAAGCCCUACGAUACAAACUCGCGCCAUAUUGAUGCGCCAGCGACGCCCGUGGCUCCUUUUGCGGAGCCCUCGUAAAACAGAAGAAAACGAAUCUGGUUACACGCCAGAACUGUGGGCCGCACGCAUCCGAGCGACAAGAACCAAGCGAGAGGCAUGGGCAUCUUUUUGUUCCUACGAGAAAUCCAAACCCGCUUCUCAAGCACAUUAUCAACCCUAUUUCGCAAUGCUGGAUAAACUUCUCAGCUCAACAGUCCAGCCGGAAUCUACGCUGGCCUGGAAGUACCUCGCAGGCGAUAUAAAAGAGCCUUUCGAAGUCUCGGCAAAUCCCCGGGAGGUCAUUUACGUUGAGACAGAGGUUCCUUCGGUGGAUGAAUUUUACGAACACAUGCUGCGGGCCGGAGUCAAACCGGGUGGUCAUCUUCUUGCCAGUCUACUGGAUUACGCGGUCAAGGUUGAGACUGGAUUUGGUUACAUUCAAGCCAGUCGAUGGGACGAAGUCACGAAAGACGUCCUCCGCCACGCCGAGAAAUACCCAAGUUUUGUUAUUCGGGACAGCUUAAGUAAAAUCCCCAAGCCGACCCUGGCCGCCUUCAUUUCGCUCAUGUGUAAGAGCGGACCCGAAGAUCCACUGACAUUUCGUGACAUUGGACGGAUGGACUUUACUACUGACCAGUUGAUCAAGAGAAAUCAUCAAGAUGUGCCGGCUUUGACGUACGCGUCGCAAUUGCUGCUUGCGGCAGGCAUCUCAGACAUUCGCGUCUGGAAUGCUUUCAUAGAAGGGGCAUCAAUGAGCAUUGGGAAAUCACCAGCCAAUUACAAAGGUGCUGCAACUAGGGCAGCGGUGUGGCGCCGCGUGAGAAGGAUUCUUUCGCCUGAGGAGAUGUACCUUGACAUACAUCCCGAUCUCGAUACCUUCCGACAUCUGACAACGAUCCUUAACACAAUGUUAAGGGAUGUGAACAUGCGGAUCCCACCAGAAAAUCUUGGCUCACUUGCGAAGAUGACAUUCAUUCGGGCCAUCUAUGGACGCUUGACCAAGGCAUUUCUCCCUGGACCUGAACGUUCACUCCUUGUCGUGCCCGAUUUGGAGGAUCUCAAACUCGUGAUUAGUGUUUUGGUAUCUAUACAUGAUACUCAAGGGUUGCUUGCGGUUCUGAAAUGGGUCAAUGAGCACGCCGCGAAGUUUGGGCCACUGAACCUUCAGUCCGAAUCCGAGUCUCAGAACACAGUGCACGAGACAGCGCAGGAGAGGAUUUUGACUCAGUCUCCGCUGCACGACAUACUGUGUGCCAUCAGACUCUUCCUUGAGGGCAGCCGGUUGCGGCCUACCAGUUCUUCGGGUAGAGAAGGAGACGCUGUGAGGUUCGAGAGUCCCUUAGCUCGGGAUCCCCGCAUUGUCCAGCUGGCACGGGAAUAUUGUCGAGAGCUGCAUUGGCCGUCAGAUGACGAGAUCGGAAUUUUCCUCGCUCGCAACGUCAAGUGGGUGGAAAGAGUCAGACGGACAGCGGAAUUAACAGCUCGGCGGAAAGGCAUGGCUAACAAGAAAACGCAAAGUACGCAAAGAGAUGAGGUGGCUGUUGGAUAG